UGCUGGGAAACUUCGAAUUCGACAUGCCGCCAUCUUUCUUUAUAUAGCAAGUUAGUAGGGCAAAACAAUAACCAUUUUCGAAUUAUUAUUUCUCCAAAAGAGACCUUCUGAAACAUUUCCAUUUGACCAGUAAUUAUGAACAUCACGUUCAAAGAGGGGUAGGUCGAACAGAAUUCUAGAUAUUUUACACAUAAUAGCCAAGACACAGCAGUUUGGUGUGAGCCUUCGACUUGUGGAGGUGGUCAACAUGGGCCGCUCUCGGAGCCGCAGCUCGUCUCGGUCCAAACACUCAAAAAGCAGCAAGCACAGCAAGAAACGAAGCCGUACUAGGUCGCGGUCCAGGGACCGGGAGAGGUCGAAGAAACGCUCGAAGUCCCGAGAAGCGAAAAGGAACCGGCGCAGAGAGUCUCGUUCCCGUUCUCGGUCCACCACAACUUCGACCCGCAGAGAGAGAGCAGCCUCGCCGCCGGAGCGCAUCGACAUUUUCGGCAGGACACUGAGCAAGAGAAAUGCCCUGGACGAGAAGCAGAGGAAGGAGGAGGAAGAAAGAAAGGCAGAAAUGGAAAGACAAAGGAAAAUCCGGCAGCUCGAGAUCGAGGAGAAGCUGAUUGAGGAGGAGACAGCACGGCGUGUGGAGGAGCUGGUGGCCAAGCGGGUUGAGGAGGAGCUGGAGAAGAGGAAGGACGAGAUCGAGAGGGAGGUUCUGCGGCGCGUUGAGGAAGCAAAGCGUAUCAUGGAGCGGCAACUUCUAGAGGAGCUAGAGAGGCAGCGGCAGGCCGAGUUGGCGGCGCAGAAGGCCAGAGAGGAGGAAGAAAAAUGUAAGCGGGAGGAGCUGGAAAAAAUCCUGGAGGAGAAUAACCGCAAGAUCGCAGAUGCUCAGGCCAGACUGGCUGAGGAGCAGUUGCGUAUUGUGGAGGAGCAGAGAAAGAUUCAUGAGGAGCGCAUGAAGCUGGAGCAGGACCGUCAGAGGCAGCAGAAGGAAGAGCAGAAAAUGAUCCUUGGCAAGGGCAAGUCCAGGCCCAAGCUCUCCUUCUCCCUCAAGGCCACUGAAUGAAAUUGCUCCCUCGUUGUCCUCAUGUCAUGCCCUGCCUUCAUCCCCAUCAAGCUCUCCUUCCUCAUCAUUUGACCCCACUCCUCCUCCUCUGUGGAGCGCUCGCUUCGUUUUGGAAGUGCUGAAGGAAGGCCGAGGAAAGGGGUGCAAACCAAUGUUUUAACUCGCUUGUCCCUGUGAAGGCCCUUGUCCCUCUCUGACCUUGAAGAGGAGCCAGUUCUUCACCCUUGAAGGAUUUGACCGCUCCCUCCACCCUUCUCAUCCCUACGGCACAGAUGACUUUUGCUUUUUUUUUUCCUCCAUUUUUUGGCAAACUUGAACUUUUGAUGUAGAAUGCUAUAACAUGUCCCUUUGCCCUGUAAGUCUUAACUCUGGACCUGUGCUCUUCUUACAAGUCUUUACAGCCAGCAAACUACAAUAGAAUGCUAGUCCCUGAUAUAGAAGAAUAUUGUCUACUUUGUCUAGUUUAGCUAACUGUAAGAACUCAUGUGCAGCCUGGGAGUGGAGGUGUGGUUUUCCUGUUCUAAAUUUUUUUAAAUCCAAUUUCUAAAGUGGCUGAAGCAGUGGUGACAAAUCACAACACAGCCUUAAAAAGCACAGUUAAUGUCCCAGCUAGCGGACAGGUAGUUUCUUCCACCUUACUUCCUGUGCACAUGUGAUCUGCUCACCAAAUAAAUCCCAAGCCUCUUUUAUUUAAAUACUUUUUAAUAUUAUUUGUUUCUGAUGAACACAGCAGCAUGUUUUCCAGAGAGGAAACCAUGAGCUUUAGUUUGAUUUUGAAGUCACUGCAGUGCAAGUGAACUGUGCCUCAACUACCAAGCUGCCCAUGACUGAACCACAAACCUUCAGCAGGAUACAUGUCCCGGCUACGAUAAGGGGGCCUGUGGGUAAUGGAGGAGAGGGAAGGUUUCCUGUAUGAUGUAAUUUUGUUAGCUUUGCUGUGAUGUGCUCACUCCCACUCCCCCUUCUCCCCCAAGUAAAGAGUGUGUUUUGAAAUUGAUCCACAAUUACAAAAGGAAACUUCACAGUAAAGAUAAAUACUUGAGCUUUGUUUUAUCAGACUCUAUGGGAAAACCGAAAUGCACGAAAACACCCGACCAUAGACUUGAUGUUCUGUCCCUAAACUUUGUUGUAGUAAAUGAAUGUGGCAGUGCGCCACCCUUGGUAAGUCAUGAUUCGUACUGGAUGGACAAGUUCAGGUAAGAUGAGGUUUGAGGUUAGAGCGAGUGUGUGUGUGAAUGAAUGAGCAUGAGUGUAUGUGUGUGUGGUUGUGACUGAGGCUGACCUCAGGUGGGUAUAAUGGCUGUUUGUUAUGCUGUGGGAUUUUGAAUUUGUCAUGUAAUUUUCCCCAAUUGUCAAGGGACUGAACAGUUGAGUAAAUCCAUUGAAUGCC